AUGUCAUCAGACUGGCAAGCACAAGCACAAGCUUUUAAGGACAGGCUGAAAUCAAGCAUACCUCUAGAAUGCCAGAUCCCCUCCCACCUCCUUCCUCUUCCACCCGAUUGUUCACGAAUAACCACAUCCUGCGGUCUCUUUAGUACAUUCGAAUUGGAGAUCUUAGCUUUAGAUGCGACAGAGCUCAGGGAUCGUCUGGCAUCGAGACAAUACAAAGCCCUUGAAGUCGCUAGCGUCUAUUGCAAAGCAGCGGCCGUCGCUCAUCAAGCCACCAAUUGCUUGAUGGCAUUCUUUCCAGAUGUAGCGAUGGAAAGAGCACGUUGGCUCGACGAAGAGCUUGCGAGGACAGGAGAAACGGUAGGACCUCUGCACGGCCUACCUGUAUCCUUGAAAGACAUCGUAUCUGUGACCGGACAGCAGAACACCAUGGGCAUCUUGUCCACAGUGAAGACAAUGGAUUUCGAUGCCGCAAUCACGAGUGCUUUACGAGACUGUGGUGCGGUGUUCUUUGCGAAGACAACUUGCCCACAGACGGUGAUGCAUCUCGAGACGCAUAGUUUCCUGGGACCUACUCUGAACCCUUUCAAGACCUCUCAUACUGCCGGCGGAAGCAGUGGGGGCGAGAGCGCACUAUUGGCUCUGAGAGCUAGUUCGAUAGGAGUUGGGACAGAUAUUGGCGGCAGUAUACGCGGACCAGCCGCUCUAUGCGGUAUCUACGGGUUCAAACCUACAUUAGGUCGGCUGCCAUUGAGCGGUGUGAUCAGUCCGAUGAGUGGACAGUCCUCUAUCAUAGGGACCAAUGGACCCAUAGCAAGAUCGGCGAGAGAUCUUGACUUAUUUAUGAGCGCUGCGCUGGGUACUGAGCCUUGGAACAUCGACCAUUCCUGUAUCAAGAUGCCUUGGAAGCUGGACGACGUUACAUUCAUUGGUGGUCCCCAGCCCAAAGUCGGAGUGAUGAGACAUGAUGGCGUUGUCAUGCCACAACCUCCCAUGCGACGAGCUCUACAAGUUGUCGUUGACAAGUUGCAAGCGGCCCAUGUCACAAUCGUCGAAGUAGCUCCUUUCGACUGUAAGGAAAGCUGGGAGAUCGCCCGUAGAGCCUAUUUCACUGACGGAGGAAAGCGGGUUCGAGAAGCCAUCAAAGCCAGCGGAGAGCCAAUUCUGCCAUUGACCCAGUGGAUAUUGGAUCAAGGUGCAGGAGAACUCUCAGCCACAGAUGUUAUCGAUCUCAAUAAUCGACGAACUGCCCAUCAGGCAGCUUACCAUAAAUGGUUUGCAUCGCUCCAGAUAGACGUACUGCUUUGUCCUCCGGCUCCUGGUCCGGCGCCAAAGCUGGGGACAUCAAAGUACUGGGGAUACACGAGCAUGUUCAACGUUCUCGAUGUCCCUGCUGGCGUCUUCCCCGCUGGCUUGUACGUUGAUGCCUCUGACGUUAGGGAGGGGAGGACGGAAUUCUGGGGCGCGUCAGAUCGACAGGCCUGGGAAGCAUAUAGUCCAGAGGCAUUUGCUGGUCUCCCUCUCGGUCUGCAAGUCGUCGGUCGAAAGUGGGAGGACGAAAAGGUCGUCAGAGCCAUCCUGAUCAUCGAUCAAAUCGUGCAUGCAAGUGGUGUGCGAUAG